AUGUUUGCACUACGAUUUAGAGCUCCGUUGCGCACACUCGUGUCGCUCAGGCGCAUGGUAUCAACGCUACCGAACAAUGAAUACAUACGCGUCUUCAAAGAUCCAUCGUCCAACUCCAGCAUCCUAACUUACUUGGAAAAUUACCCUCCAUCGAAGCGUCUGGCCAUUGGCACAACUACAGAGGUGCCUCCCACGCCGCGGAGCUUUACUGAGAACAAGCAAUUUCUGGAAAUUCUGGAUGAGGUGCUGCGCGAAUACGGUCACCUCGACGAAGAUGUUGCUAGCCAAGCCCGCGCUCUUGCCACUCCCGCUAGCUUCCAGAUCAGUCCCGGAGGUGGUAACCCCCGUCGCAAGGGUGCCCGUUCGGAACCGCAAGGCGCGAGUGGGCAGGGCGGCGCCGGAGGAGCAGGCAUCGGAUCAUUUGUUCAUCUAGGUGACCGCAGGCACCCACCGGAGUUUGGCAGGAUCGCUUGGCCAGAGGAUAUCCUUGGAAGUGUCGAGGUCAACGAGUCAGGCGAGGUAUCGGGCAAGAUGGAGCCGAGCGGCACCUACCGUCCGCUGACAAACGAUGGCAUCCUGGGCUUGAGCCCUUUCAUUCGAGAGAAGUUGGUAGAGCGCCUCAAGAAAGAGGAGGCCAACGAGAAGAAGCAGUAA